UGCGGCUCUCUCAGGUGACAGCUGAAAAAAAAAUGUAAUAAAUAAAUAAAUAGUAAUAAAUUGCAUUAUGAUAUAUAUUUAGAGAGAGAAAGGAGCGAAAAUAAAGAAAAGUAGAAAACAACCAAAACUUUAGACUUUUUAUAGUGUGAGGUUGCUGUUGGAAUGGCUCGUCCCUAUUCUUCGCUGUGUCAGUCUGUUUGAUUUCCUAUUCUUUUCUUCCUCUAACCUUAAUGUCUCCAAAUCUCCUCAUUUCUUCUUCAACUCUUUCUUCUUUUACUUGAGGGGGGCUUUGAUUUUCUUGUGCACAUAGUUGCUAGCAGUCAUCUUUGUGUGAUAUCUUGCUGCAUUCUAUUUAGGAAACUAGAUGGGUUCCAGAUUCCCAUCUCAUCAGCUCAGCAAUGGGCUUUAUGUAUCAGGCAGGCCAGAGCAGCCUAAAGAAAGGACUCCAACCAUGAGCUCAGUUGCUAUGCCCUAUACCGGUGGAGAUAUUAAGAAGUCAGGAGAACUGGGGAAAAUGUUUGAUAUCCCUAUGGAGGGUUCUAAGUCCAGGAAAUCCGGGCCUAUAAAUAGUGCUUCUUCUAGGACUGGAUCUUUUGGGGGUGCUGCUUCACAUUCCGGACCAAUUAUGCCUAAUGCAGCUCCUCGGGCAGGCUAUACCACAUCAGGUUCUGGUGCCACUGGAGGCAUGUCUGGUUCGGCAUCAUUAAAGAAGUCAAAUUCUGGACCACUGAACAGACAUGGGGAUCCUGUAAAGAAGUCAUCCGGUCCACAAUCUGGUGGAGUAACACCAAGUGGACGCCAAAAUUCUGGUCCUCUUCCUCCUGUUCUACCUGCUACUGGCCUUAUUACAUCUGGGCCCAUCUCUUCAGGCCCACUGAAUUCCUCUGGGGCCCCACGGAAAGUAUCUGGUCCUUUGGAAUCUAUGGGAUCAAUGAAAGUAAAGGGUUCUGCUGCCGUUCAUAAUCAAGCUGUGAAUCUUAUUAGCCAAGAUGAUGACUUUUCGUUCAAGAGGAACUUCCCAAAACCAAUGUUAUGGGCACUGAUACUGCUUUUUGUAAUGGGUUUCAUUGCUGGUGGUUUUAUUCUUGCAGCAGUUCACAAUGCCAUUCUCCUCAUUGUUGUUGUGGUUCUUUUUGGUGGUGUCGCUGCAUUAUUUGCUUGGAACUCUUGUUGGAGGAGAACUGCUAUUAUGAGUUUCAUUGCUCGUUAUCCAGUUGCAGAGCUUAGAAAUGCAAAGAAUGGGCAAUUCGUGAAAAUUUCUGGGGUGGUAACAUGUGGGAAUGUGCCUCUCGAGUCAUCCUUCCAGAAAGUUCCAAGAUGUGUUUAUACAUCUACUAGUUUGUAUGAGUAUCGAGAAUGGGAUUCCAAAGCUGCCAAUCAUACUCAUCGUCGCUUUACCUGGGGACUCCGAUUGUUGGAAAGGCGUGCAGUUGACUUCUACAUCUCAGAUUUCCAGACUGGGUUGAGAGCAUUAGUAAAAACAGGCUAUACAGCAAGGGUGACUCCUUAUGUGGAUGACUCAGUUGUUAUAGAUGUAAACCCAGCUAAUGAAGCGUUGUCUCCAGAGUUCAUCAGGUGGUUGGGAGAAAGGAACCUUUCAAGUGAUGACCGUAUAAUGCGAAUGAAAGAAGGGUAUAUCAAGGAAGGAAGCACGGUUAGUGUAAUGGGAGUUGUUCAGAGAAAUGACAAUGUACUUAUGAUUGUUCCUCCACCUGAGCCAAUUACAACUGGAUGCCAAUGGGCCAAAUGUAUCUUCCCAGCUACCCUUGAUGAUUUGGUGAUGGUGGUGGCUGUGGUAAGGUCAAGCGAUGAAAAUGAGAGGCUGGUGGCAGUUCUUGUCCUUUUAACUUGGUGUAUAGCUUUUCCAGGUUUCUUUGCUGUUAAAUUUAUCUUGUAGGCUUGAAGGCUGUCUCUAUGGGGUUGGCAUCAUGCUAUUGGGAAUUUUAUGUGUCUGAGAAGGUUUCGAGAUAUUGUUAAGUAGAAAGAAAAACAUUACAAGGUAUUGAGUAUAUUUGUGUUUACGCGACGGUGUUGCUUUUUUUUGUUCGCAAUGACAGGCUCCUUUUGAUCAUUGAUGGACUCGCUUACCAGGGAAUGAGUUCCAAUCGCAGGAAAACUUGAAUUUCAUAGUGGUAAUUUGCGUGUAGUAGUAUUUCAAAUACACUCUUGUUUUUUCUUGAAAAUUGUAUUAUUUGGUCAAUUGGGGUUUUAUCCUUUACCCUUUCUUGCAUGGCUUGUUAGGAAGAAGAAAGGUUGCUUCCUUUGUCAUC